AUGGUUCAUGAUGUCCAAACCCUGCUUCGCUCUCAGAGGCUGUUGCAAGACAUUAGCGAGCUCCGCCGCAAGCCGUAUCCCAACAUCGACGUUCACAUCAACGAUGAGGACUUGACGAAAUUUUGCCUCAUCCUUUCACCUCCGCGAUGGGAUAAAAUGCAUCUGACUGUGGAUCGCUUGCAAAACUUCCCUCUGAGUCCUCCGAGAAUCAAGAUGGAUUCGAGGGUUAUCCAUCCCAACGUGUUCGGCAAUUACAUCUGCGCGUCCAUCCUCAACACAAGCGAGGGCUACACGCCGGCGUAUACCUUGAAGAGCAUCGCCAUUCAACUUCUCAGCUUCUUUGGUAGUGAGACAAUCGAGCAGGUUGGAACUGGAGAAGAAGUCGAUCUCAACCACUACCGCACACAGCGGACCCCAAAGAAUAUGGCGAUUCGAGGCGCUGGAGAUGACAACUUUUGUUGCAGUGCAUGCAAGUUCGGCCCAGACAGCCCCAAGGAACUUGGGAAAAGAUACGUUCCUGGAGCCGUCUAUGUUCAAGAGCCUACUCCUUCAAAGCAGGGACGAAGGAGUCGAAGGUCAAAGGUGUUGAACGAUAGUGCCUCUACGGAGAGUGGAUCGAGCACACCUCGACCGCCUCAGUCGUCAGCACAGAACAUACUCGCCAAAUACACUGGUGCUGUGGUCUUACCUGUCGACACCAUUCCAAACGAGAUUCUCCUCAAUAUCCUCUACCAGGUCGAGGAGUUUGAGGAUUUAGUCAAUCUAGCGUAUGCUUGGCCUCGAGUAAGCCAGGUCAUUACGGAAUUCGACGUCAUGCGCCAGCGCGAAUUGCAGUGCUUCGUUCAGAAGAAGACCUACCACGAUGCCAAUCUAGGCGUGGGUAUCGCGGCAAACACCAAGAGUAUCCGGUCCGAGUUCGACCUGAUAUCUUACGAAGCCUACAACGACCUCAAAGUACGGGAAUCAAUCCACCACGUUCAAUUUGACUGGUGGCUGCCCUUGCCCAUCUCGAGGCCUCACUGGGCACGGGUCCGCGGCCAUGCCCGCGAGACACUGCAGUAUCUGAAGACUGGAGGCUGUGUCAAGUACGAGAGGCCUACAGACGCCGACGUCAUCUACCAGUUCAUGACUGACAUUGUCGUCAAACUAAAUAAUGUCCGCGCCAUCUACGAUGAUCCCAAGUCGACAUUGACCCACGCCUCGGACAAGGCCAUUGAGUCAUACUUUCACCUCUUCCACCUCCUGGUUUGCCUCGCCACUGAGGACCCCUCCAUCGUCCGGUCCGCCAACCGUCUCCUCGCGUCUUUCCGGGACGGCAACCGCUCCAAGACGGCCGCUCCGAACCUCGGCCAUCUGAUCGUGGCCCUGCUCAUCAGCGACGUGGAAGUCACCCCGGAGCUGCGCAAGGCCAUAGUCACCGAGGCCAUUGUUCGCAACGUCGUGUGGACGCUGCAACAACACCCCGAGCUGGCCUACCGCGAGCCCGACGCCGUCUCGGCCUACCGUCUGGACCAGACCUUUGCGGCGUCGCGCACAUCGUACCGGCUCCUCAUGUUCUCGGAGCUCUUUCGGCGCACCGCGCGCCCGGACCACGGCCGUCCGCUGGCCGAGAUUCGCGAGGAGCUGUUUGACCGCCACGGCGGCCCGCCUCCGGGUGCCGUGAGCCAUGUCGCGGCCGAGGUGCGACGGCUGCACGGCGUGAGCGAUUUCGCCCAGUUCAUGCGCGAGAUGGGAUUCGAGAGUAUCCCGACGGCGGCCAAUUUCACCCGGUUCCUGCGCCGCACGCUCGACGACAGCGUCGCGGCCGGCUAUUCCAGCGAACCUCUCUCGCAGAGCCAGGCCCUAGUCCUACGGCUCGGCUGGUGGGAGCCCAAUGUCGGCAUCCGACCGGAGCUCCGUGCCAACUUUAUGAAAUGGGUCCGAGAGGAUGGUACCUUGCACCUCCCGAGGGUCAAAGCCAAGGGACACAACUUCUUUCCCUCGAGACAGAGACAGAAUGGGCGUGGCGCUGGAAAGGGCCGGAGAUAG